UUGGGGCUGGGGUGCAUUUUUGUUUCUAGUAGUUUUUUGUUGUUGAAUUAGAUUUAGUGUUAGUGGUAGGUGUUAGUCAGGUUGCAAUUCUUCUUCGAAGAACAACGACCAUCGUGCUGAAAAUGCCGGGCAGGAUCAGAGCAUUCCUGUCCAGAAGGUCCAGCAGGGUGGCCCCCCUGAACUCACCAGGAGAGCCCUCUGCCUCCGGUCCAUCUGCCGCCAGGUGGUGGUGCAUCUGCGGGCGGAAGAACCAGGUGGCCCCGCCUGCCCCCCUCGUUGCUGCCCCAGAUGCCCCCCUUGCUGCCGCCCCUGCUUCCCCCCUCGCUGCCUCCGCACUGCCUCCCUCGCUGCCGCCAUCUGGGGAGUGCAGCCAGCCUGGGCCGUCCGAGCAGGAUUCUGGAGCUUUCACCACCUGCCCCGUCAUUACUGCCCGGCUGCAGACAGUCAAGCGGUCCAGGACCCUCAAAGAAGGAGGAGGGAAGGAGAGGAGGGCCCAGAUAGAGUUCCUGGCCGCCAUCCUCCAGGCGUGUCAGGAGGCCACCCGGAGAGGGGACCGACACCUGCCCUUCUCCAAGGCCUUAGCCGCCAAGGCCGUGCUGGAGGAGAUGGACAACAUCUAUGAGGACCCUGUGCCCCACCAUCUCUUUUCGUUCUGUAUGGAGGCCAUCACCUCCUUGAGUCGGAUGAAGCCGGGCUUCGGACCCAAAACCGUGAGAACAUUGAUCAUGGACUCCCUCUUUGUGAUAAGUCACAUGGUCGGAGAGGAGCUAGAGGAAGACCAGGACAGCCCGUUUCAGCCCCCAGAGAAGGCCCUCCAAAACAUGCUGAGAGGCCUCCUGCAGGAAAAGCCAACCCUCGCCCAGCUGAUCCUGAUGGCUGAUGCCAUCGACGUGGAGAUCCUAAGCACUCAUGAGCGGAAGGCAGCGGUGGCGGAGAGGACCGGCCUCUUCCUCCUCAACCUGGCCAUCGGGCCCCCCUUCCAUUUCGAGGCGGAGCAAAUAAAACCGAUGCUCCCUCUAGCCGUACGCCAGGUGGGGAGGACGACGGGCCGGGCCAAGGGUGAGGGCAGUCACUCAUCCAGUGAAGAUGACCUCUUCCGGGGCGCGAUGGAAUUCUGGGAUGAAUGAGAACUACUGGUGUGUCCCAAUUCAGCCACCCUUUCUGAGCGUGAACGAGAAGACUUCGUAUAACAGAAUAUAACAGAAUUUAGCUACUGAGUUGCUGUACUUAUAAUUACAAUUUGACAAUAAAAUUUUUAAGAGAAA